UUCCUCUUCCUAUCAUUCUUCGUCUUCUUCUUCUUCUUCGUUCUGUCUGUCUGUGUUUGUUUGGCGAAAUCUAACCAACAACAAAAAUGUCGGCGUUUGGGCUGGUGCUUGCGCUGAUAGUGAUUGCGGUGGUGGUUGCUGCCUUCUACCGGCAGUACGCCAACUGGCGCAUGGCUCCUUGGUACUCGACGCUGACCGUCACCCUGACCUGGUUCCUUUCCAUGUCGAUUGUCGUCCUCAUCCCGAUGGACAUUUCAGCGACGUACUACCACCAUUGCUUGGACGAACACACGCCGCGCCCGAACGCAUCGGCGUCCGCCUUCCCAUCCGCUUCUUCUUCUGCCUCCAGUUUUGCACCGACAUUCACGUCCGACCUUGGCUCUGCAACGCCGUCCGCGUCGUCGUUCGCUGAAACGACCCUGGAUGGAUUGUCGCCGUCAGACAGCCUGCUGUUUACCGCAACGGCAUCCAUCCUGGAGCCUGCCGCAACUGCUACGUCCGAGGCUCUUGUCACCUUCCUCACGUCGCUCUCUGACGCAGCACCAACGCCGUCCAGCACGGGCUUUGUCCCAGCAAGUGGCCAGGCCGACCAAGUCGUCGAUCCGACCAUGUUCUGCGAGCAGCCGUGGACGUACGUCUCCCCAGACGUCUUUCCAGUCAUUUGGAAGAUUGUCUACUGGACCUCGCAGCUCCUGACUUGGAUUAUCCUGCCAUUCAUGCAGUCGUACGUUGACGCGGGCGACUUUACCUUCUGGGGCAAACUUAAAACGUCCAUCCGAGAAAACCUCAUCGUGUACGGCUCUCUCGGCGUGCUCGUCGUCGGCCUGUUCUUGUACAUUGCCAUCAAAGCCUCGCUCAGCGUGGAUGCAUUACUCGGUAUCGCAAUGGCGGCUUCAAACACAUGGGGUUUGUUUCUGCUGAUCGGGCUUCUUGGUGUCGGUCUUGUCGAAACGCCGCGUUCCACCUGGAACGAAAGUCGGGCUGACUGGGUCACUCGACACCUGCAGUUCAAAGCGUCCAAGCUGCGCACCGAACUCGAUGACGCAGAGGAUGACCUCUCUGAAACGCUGACGGAUGUCAAGGCCGUUACCCAAAAGAUCAAUUUCACCCACCACUUGCGCCCAUACGUGGACGAAAUCCUCUUCAAGUGCCCGACCAAUGCUGCUGAUGAUCUCGCAAAUCGUCCCAACAAGCACUCGCGCUCCACCGCCUCUGAAUCCCGCCUUGAGGGCCUCACAGACAUCACCCUCAGCUCUCUGGCCAAGCUCCACCGCCGUGUCAUUCGCCGCUCGCUUGCUGUGCGUCGCACUCAGGCCUUGUACGAGCGUUGCAUGGACGAGGCGCUGGAAUUCGAGGAAAUGGUAGAGCAGAAAGAUAUCGCGUGGACCCACUUCCAGUCCAACCUUUCAAGCUCGUACAGCGGACCCUUCAAGAAGUUUGUCCACAAAUUCACAUUCUUGUGGCGAUUCCGUCUUCGUCGGUUGCUGUUUGCCUUUGCAGCAUUCGUGUUCCUGUUCUUCUCGUUGGCCAUCAUCUGGUCCGAGUGCUCCUUCUUCAAGACCGACCCGACGCUUUCGCUCUACGCAAUCAUCAUGAACAGCGCAGGCACAUCCUACCAGUACACCAACGUGGAGGUCUUUUCUUUCAUCUCACUGACUUACAUGGCAAUCUGCGCGUAUGCAGUCAUUUUCCGCAUCCGCUUUUUCAACUUUUAUUACCUUGCAAAGCACCAACAGACGGACGACAGCAGUCUGCUCUUCUCUGCACUCUUCCUGUCGCGUCUGACAGCCCCGCUUUGCCUGAACUUUUUGAGCAUGAGUCACCUUGACGGCCAUGUCGUUUCGACAAUCUCGCAAGAAACGGCCUUCACGCAGAUUAUGGGCCACAUGGACGUUGUUGGCUUCAUCCAAGACGGAUUCAACGUGUACUUCCCCAUCUUUAUCGUGCUCAUUGCCGUGCUCGCAUGGUUCCACGCUUGCGGCCGCUUCCUGUCGUGCAUUGGCAUGUCUCGCUUCCUCGACAACGACGACCUAGCCAACGAUGCCAUUGUCGAGGGUCGUGAACUUAUUCGUCGUGAGCGUCGCCUUCGCGAGCGUGCACAAAACCCCGGCGCCGCGUCGCACAACAGCCUUCCAGCGAUUCGGGCCCGUGGCGAUGACUCUAUGAGCCGGUCAUCUUCCAAUGCUGCAUCAACCUCAGUGAUUGUCGACCCUACUGCCGAUGCGGCAGGUUCUGGCGGCCUUUGGUCAAGCUUCAGCUCUCGCUUCCGAUCUGCGCCAUCCAACGCGAGCGCCCCAUCCAUUGCAGUGCACGACGCACCGCCAGUGUCGAGUACAACGGGCUCGACGUACACCCGUGCAUCCCGCGGAGCUGGCUCCAGCGUGUACGGAUUUUCCCUUGGCGCUUCGGCAACUAGUAGCUCGAACAAUGUCAAUGAGGACUCGUGGCGUGCCUCCGAUCGCCGUCCGUUGAAUACAGGGCGUGAUGAUCACGUCAUUGGCCUCGAUUUCGACGUGGGACAGUCGGGUUCUUUCACCUCUGGCCUGCCAUCGAGCGCUCGGGGAAGCAGUCGUGGCGGUGGCCGUGCCAACACAAACAUUUUUGAUGACUUUUAAAAAUUCUUGAAUGGGGUGUGCAGCAUAGAAGUUUUUGAGGAUUGAUUCUAUUUCCGACGCGUUGAUAUUUUUGUUGUUGUUGUUGUUGUAGUUGUUGUUGUUGUCGUCGCAGUGGGUUUCUUGUCGUCAUUGUUUAUUGUUUGUGUGUGUGUGUGUUUUUUUUUUGAGAUGUAAUACUACUCGAAGCUUGUAAAAGCCCCA